AUGGCUCGUGCUUUGUCUAGGAGAAGAGGGUCGGCGUGUGAGUCUGUGCAGAGUGACUAUACGGAAGACGCUUUUGAGGGUCCUCGAAAGUCUGUUGAGUGUGACUAUACGCGAGAUGCUGAUGUGGCAGGUCGUUCUGAGCGUGGGAAGUCUGGCGAGUGUGACUAUGUGAGUAUUUCGGAUCUGGGGUCGUUGAAAGGAGGGGAGUUGGGGGAGUGUGAUUAUGUGAGUAUUUCGGAUUUGGGUGGUUCGGAGCGUGGGGGUUCUAUUGCGGAGUGUGACUUUAUUGAGUUGGGUGGCUCGAAACGCGAGGGGUUGACGUGUGACUCUAUUGAAGGGGAGCAGACGGGGGUGGAGGUGAUUGUAAGAGGAACAGGAGGAGCGAGAGAGGAGGAGGAUAGGGGGAGUGAGGGAGAGGUGAACGAAGGAUUAGUAGGGGUGGAAAGGGAGGAGGAUGGGGGGAGUGAGGGAGGGGAGAAGGAAGUAAAAAGAAUGGAAAAGGAGGAGAAUGGGGGGAGUGAGCCAGGGGUGAAGGAGGGAGCAACGGAGGUGAACGCUAGUGGGGGAGGAAAUGUGAGAGGAAUGAAGGAGGAGGAUGGAGGGAAGGAGAUCAGAGAGGAGAAAGAAGAGGAAGUGGGGGUGGGGUUGGGGAUGGGAGUAAUGGGAGGGGUGAAGGAGGGAGCGGCGGUGGGAGAGGAAGCAAGGAAAGUAGCGAUGAUUGCUUUUGAGGUGCCUCAGAAGAUGAAAGAGGGAGCAGUGGUGGGAGAGGAAUUAAAGGAGGCAAGGCAAGGAGCGAUGAAUGCAUGUGGGGGACGUAUUGGAAGAGAAGACGAAAAGGAGGAUGGGGGGAAGGAUAUGAAAGUGGUGGCAGAGGGUGAGGAGAGUGAUGAGGAGGAGGAGAGUGAAGUGGAGGAGGCGAGUGAAGAGGAGGAGGGGAGUGAAGAGGAGGAGGAGAGUGAGGAGGAAGGUGAGAGUGAGGAAGAAUGGAGUGAGGAAGGGGAGGAAAGUGAGGAAGAACGGGAGGAGCAGGAGGAGAGUGAAGAGGAAGAGGAGAAAGAGGGUGUCAAUGAAAGGGCUCCUCCCCUCUCUCCUCUCCACCCCCUUCCCUCUCCUGCUCGUUCCCCCCUUCCUCCUCAUCCCCUCUUCGCUGUUCCUUCUCCUCCCCGUUCUCCUCUCCCUCCUCGUCCUUCUCCUCCCCUCUCUCCUCUCCCUCCUCUUCCCACUCCUGCCCGUUCUCCCCUUCCCCCUGCCGUGGCUCCUGCUGCUAAAAUGCCACAAGCGCUGCUAACCAGGCCCAGAAGCACGUCAAGUCUAGCCAGUGCAGCUAGCGAAGACGCUUAUAAUGGGUACAGUAUGGCCGCUUCUGGCGAGGCCGCUUAUAAGGGUGCUGCUUAUGGUACGUCCGCUGCUGGUGAGGGGUUGUGGUGGGGAAGAAAAGCAGCAUCAGGGGAGGCAGCAGCAGCAGCAGCAGCAGCAGGAGCAACAGCAGCAGCGGGAGCAUUUGCAACAGCAGCAGCAUCAGUAGCAGCAGGAGCAGCAGCAGCAGUAACAGCAGGAGCAGCAGCAGCAGCAGUAGCAGCAGGAGCAGUUGCAGUGGCUGCUGGCGGUGUGUUUGAAUCAAACCAUUCAGCAUCAGCAUCAGCAUUAUCAUCAGCAGCUGCUGCUGCUGUUGUUUCUGGAUUGAACCAGAAUAAGGCAGCAGUGGGGGCUGCAGCAGCAGCAGUUGAAACUGGGGGUGGUGAUGGUGGUGAUGGUGGUGAUGGUGGUGAUGGUGGUGAUGCAGGGAAAAGGGAUGGAGUAGCAGGAGCAGGAGGCGCAGCAGCAGUGGAAAUGAGUGAGGAGGAGAGGGAGAAGGAGAGAGUGAGGGAGAGGGGGAGGGAGCUGGCAGAACGGGCGCGGAAGCAGCGGCAGCAAUUUGUGGAACGAGUGGAAAAGCGAAAGCAGAUGGCUCGGUUGGGGGGGGUGAAGCAGGGGAUGGGUGUGGGAGCAGGGAGUGGCGGGGAGGGAAGUGGAGGGAGUGGGGGAAGUGGGGUGGGAGGAGAGGAAGCAGCUGCUGCUACAGCCUCUGCUGCUAACGGCGUGUCUGCUGCUGGUGCCACGAGUGUUGCUGGUGCUGUUGCUGCCGGUUCGGUGGAGAGCGGUGCAAGCAGGAGUGAGUGUGGGGGCCCAGUAGCAACAGCAGCUGAAGCAGAAGCAGAAGCAGAAGCAGUAUUUCGUCGAUCGAAAACGAUUGCCACUGAUGGGGUGAGCUCAUGGAAAGAACCUCUCUCCCCUGCUGCAGGUACCAAGUGUGCUGCUGAUGGCAAGAAAGGGAGGAAGGGCAGUGAGGGUCAUGGGUUUACUGGAGAGGAAUGGGGGGAUGAAGUGGAGGGGGAAGGGGAAAGGAAGGAGGAGGAGGAGGAGGAGGAGGAGGAGGAGGAGGAGGAGGAGGAGGAGGAGGAGGAGGAGGAGGAGGAGGAGGAGGAGGAGGAGGAGGAGGAGGAGGAGGAGGAGGAGGAGGAGGAGGAGGAGGUGCCGUUGGUGCAGCUGCUACGGUCAAGGACUAUUGGGUCGGGAUAUGCAUACAGAGUGCUCGAUUUGGACGAGAGUGGUUGUGAUGCUGGUGAUGCUGCUGGUGAUGCUGCUGGUGAUGCUGGUGAUGCUGGUGGUGAUGUUGCUGGUGCUAAUGGUGCAGCAUAUCUUGAUGGUGGUGGUGAUGCUGAUGGUGAUGCUGGUGGUGGUGCCGCUGCUGAUGGUGCUGAUGGUGGUGAUGGUGGUGAUGUAUCAAAUGAGAGCGAGCACGAGGCAGGCAGCAGCAGGCACGACGGAGCAACGAAACUGGCUAAAAGGCAGGCUAAAAGAAGGAAGGAGACGAAGCAGCAGGCUAAAAGAAGGAAGGAGACGAAUGGCAGGAAGGAGAGCGAGGGUGAGGGGGACAGUGUUGAGGGGAACAAGGUUAAAGAGGUUGGAAAGAAGGGGAGCAAGUCCGGUAAGAAGAAGAAGGAGAAGGAGAAGGAGAAAGCAGGAUGGAAGGAAGGCGAGGGAGCAGAAGUGAAUGGGCCACACAUGCUCAAUCCACGAAAUGAGAGUGAGGGAGUGAGCGACGGAGUGGGUGAGGGGGUGAGUGGGGAGAGUUUACGGCAGCAGGCAAAGGAAGGUGGGGUGAAAGAGAAGAAGAAGCAGAAGAAGGAAGGGAGCACGACCAAGGCCAAAAAGGGUGAAAAAUCUGAGGAGGUGGGAGAGACAAAAAAGGGUGAUGAGGCAAAGAAGCGUGAGGAGGUUGGGGAGGAGAAGGAGCCGGGACUUACAGGCCCAACUGUUCAGCUGCAGCGGCUUCUCUUGCAGGCAGAAAACAGCAGUGAGGGUGCCGUGUUAGCCGGUCCUGUAGGGUUGGAUGCAGGGAAGCGUUGGGGCGGCGGUAGGGCUUUAAGGGUGGCGAUUCCUUUGGAUACUUCCAAUGAUGAAGAGGACGAGGAAGAGGAGGACGGGGAGGAAGAGGAGGAGGGAGCGGGAGAGGGGGAGAGGGAGAGGCGUAAUUAUAUCGGGCGUGCGCUGUUGCAACGUAGUGCUAUGUCCGCGCGUGACUAUAUGGGGCGCUCAUCAUUUAAACUAGCAGCAUCUUCAGCAGCGGGCGGAGCACGGCCGACGCCGGCCCUGACACCAGGCCCAGCAGCCAAUAGGAAGCUGCCACGUGGCAUGUCCCCCAAGCCAAUCAUGACGCCGGAAGCCCUGGCUGCUUACUAUGAGAAAUCUGGAACCACGGCCAGCACCGCCGCUUCAGUUGCGCCUUCCCCCGCCCUCGCCGCUUGUCCCUCCUGUCCCGUUAGUGACGCUUUUCUUGACGAGUCAUUGGACAGUUGCUCCUUUCCAGGUGCUUCUCACGAUGGGCUUUUGGGAGUUAUAAAGCCGGGAGGAGCCGCUGAGCGCGUAAAGGGAGGCAGCGGCGUCGCCGGCCGCGCCGCUAUUGCCAGCAAAUUAACAUCUCACGCGCGUUCCGUGUCCGUGAGUGACGCCGAUGCGUCGGGCGCGGGUCACGACAAGACGCACCAGUGGCUCAUGUCGCGAUACCUCGACUCCGCCCAGCCUUCCGCGGAUCCCUUUCUCCGCCGCUCGACCUUCCGCCUCGAUCUUCCGCUCACCACCGCCGCGGCGCCUAUUUCCCCCGCGUCGCCUUCCCCUCGCGCCGCCGCCUAUUCCGCCUCUGGUUCCCCUCUCCCCUGUUCCGCAGACCGCUUCCAUUAUUCCCCCUCCGCUAGCUAUUACUCCGCCUCCCCCGCCCCCUACGCGCAUCCGGCCGCGCAUCUCCACUGCUACUCCGCCUCCCGUUCCGCCUGGGCGCAGCCCGCCGUCAUUCCCCAGAGCCAGAGCGCGACCGCGAAGGGGAACCCGUACGCGUUUCUGCACGCCAGCCCGUUUCGUUACAGUCACGACUGCUACGACAGCGACGAGGAGAAAAACGGCUACGCUGGCGACGACGGCGGAGACAGUAACGAUGGUGAUGAUGGUGAUGCUGAUGUCGAUGAAAACGGUGGUGACAGUAGCAGUAGUGGCGGCGGCGGCAGAGCAUGGUUCGGGGACUGGGACGACGGGCGCACCUGGAAAGAAAAUCGCUCAAGAACCCACAGGUGGAAACCGGAAGAUACCCUCGCCGUCCCAGGGUUACCAGGAAGAAUACCCAUGGGGAAAAUGGUGGAAUACGUGUGGCUGCUUCUCCUCCUAGCCAUGGCGGUUACUGCUGCUGGACUAGUGCUCUUCUCUCUGCUGUUCUGGGCUCCUAUGGUCACUGAGGGACCUACGACUGCUAAAGGAACCAGCAGGACUGUGUGGCUGGCGGUUAUGGGUGUGCUGGGAGGGAGAGGCGUGGUGCUGGGUUCUUACUGCUUCGUGCUCUGGCUGCUCUUGCAGGGGAAAGAGUGCAAGCAAGCAGCAUGCUACGCUUCUGCAGACCUCUCAACCGCCUCCCUCCUAGCAGCCCUCUACCUCUUCUCCCCCUCCACCUCCCUCACCACCCCCAUCGCAUCCUACCUCCUCGCGCGCUCCCUCUGCGAGCUCCUCACUCUCCUAAGCACCUGGAACUGCAAAGGCCGUGAAUGGUGGACGUCUCUACUAGCCGUCUGGCCGCCUCUACUCCUCGGAAUCAGCUUGUUUUUCUCCCAGCCGACGGGGGAGACCUGGUAUAUUGUAGUGGUUACCGGGGCGUGCUGUAUGGUGGACGGGGUGCCGCUGUGGGUGGCGUGUGUGGUGCUGAGAGUGCGGCUUGUGGGCGGUCGGGGGAGUCUGCCGCAGCAUGCGAGGGGGUGUGUGAGGAAGGCUGCUGCUGUUGCGACGUUCGUGCAUGGAUUGAUGAGGCUGCUACCACUUGCGCUUUACUUUGUGGCAAAAUACGCCUUGUAG